CAUCGUAUCGCUAUAAUAUCUAUAUAGAAAAAAAUGAAAGGGGCCCAUAAGUUUUCUUUCCUUGUCUUAUCGUUCUUAAUUUUCCCGAUCGCAUUUGCUCAGCUAAGGAUCGGAUUCUACAGCCGUUCAUGCCCUCAGGCCGAGACUAUCGUACGUGAUUUGGUACGCCAACGUUUCGGCCGCGACCGUACCAUCACCGCCGCUUUGCUUCGGAUGCAUUUCCACGACUGUUUCGUUAGGGGCUGCGACGCCUCUCUCCUCAUAGACACAACUUCCACGCGGACGUCGGAAAAAUCGGCCGGACCGAACUUCAGCGUACGAGGAUUCGAUCUCAUAGACCAGAUCAAGACACAACUAGAGGCUCAGUGUCCGAGCACCGUCUCUUGCGCUGACAUCGUGACGUUAGCCACUCGUGACUCGGUCGCAUUGGCCGGUGGUCCCAGCUACACCGUCCCGACAGGCCGUCGAGACGGGCUCGUGUCGAGCCCUCUCGACGUGAACCUUCCCGGACCCACCAUCUCCGUCGAUGGAGCCAUAGGGUUCUUCAAGAGCAAGAGAAUGAACUCGUUUGACGCCGUGGCUCUUCUGGGCGCUCACACGGUCGGCGUUGGCCAUUGCAGUCUUUUCCAAGACCGGCUCACUAAUUUCCAGGGAACUGGACGACCUGACCCGUCCAUGGACCCGGUUUUGGCUGCCAGGCUAAGGAGCACAUGCGCGGGGCCAAACGACCCGACAACGGCAUUGGACCAGGGAACACCCCUGGUGUUCGACAACAUGUUCUUUAAACAGAUCAGAAGGAAGAGAGGAGUGUUGCAGUUGGACCAACGGCUCGCUACCGCGGGAGCCACUCGCGGCCUGGUGGCUCUGUUCGAAGCCAACAACGCAUUCUUCAAGCGCCAGUUCGUGAAAUCUAUCGUUAAAAUGGGAACCAUCGAAGUGCUCACUGGUCAAUCCGGAGAGAUCCGAAAGAACUGCAGAGCCUUCAACCGCCGAGCUUGACUCCUAAUUCAUAUAUAUAUGUAUAUGCAAAUUAUGGUCGAAUGAUUUCGUGGGUGGGUUCAUAACAAAAAUAUAAUUGAUUUGUGAUAUUAUAUAAAUGUGUGUAACUGUUUGCU